AUGGCCCGCACAAAACGUAACAACCCUCACCAAGGUGGAAAAGUCCCAAGAAAAGAAUUGAAUGUUAAGGCUGCACGAAAGACUGCACCACUCGUCGGUGGAGUUAAAAAGCCACGUCGUUAUCGACCAGGUACCGUCGCCCUACGAGAAAUCCGUAAGUACCAAAAAUCCACAGAAUUGCUCAUACGAAAGUUACCUUUUCAACGUUUAGUUCGUGAAAUCGCCCAAGACUAUAAAACCGACUUGCAUUUUCAGUCUGCAGCUAUAGCAGCACUACAAGAAGCCUCCGAGGCAUACUUAGUUGAACUCUUUGAAGACACUAAUCUCUGUGCCAUUCACGCAAAACGUGUUACAAUUAUGCCGAAAGAUAUGAAUUUAGCUCGCCGAGUACGAGGAGAACGUAGAUAA